CUAGUGGCAAAGAACUCUGAACCUUGAUCAUUAUAUUGUGUAAUAGACAAGUUGAAACACAGGGCUUGGAAUACAGAUAUUUGGGUUUUUGAUUGUUUUGGCUUAGAUUACUUGUGGGAAGAUGGAAAACGCAGUGACAUAUGAGCAUGAUCUCAACCUCAAGGCAACCGAGCUUAGAUUGGGGUUGCCAGGGACAGAGGAAAAGGAAGAGAAAAAAACCAUUUCUGGUGUCAAAAGCAACAAAAGGCAAUUGCCCGAAACAUCUGAAGAGUCUGUUUCCAUUUCCAAGGCCUCAAAUAGCCAACAAGUGAAGAAUGAUGCUGCCCCUCCUGCCAAAGAAAAGAUAGUGGGGUGGCCACCAAUCAGAUCAUAUAGGAAAAACAGCCUGCAGGAAGCUCAGGGUGCUGGGAUCUACGUGAAAGUGAGCAUGGAUGGAGCUCCUUACCUCAGAAAGAUUGACUUGAAGAUCUAUGGUGGCUAUCCAGAACUCCUCAAGGCUCUAGAAACCAUGUUCAAGUUGACCAUAGGUGAGUACUCUGAAAGAGAGGGUUAUAAGGGAUCUGAAUAUGCACCUACAUAUGAAGACAAGGACGGUGACUGGAUGCUAGUUGGAGAUGUUCCAUGGGACAUGUUUACGACUUCCUGCAAAAGGCUAAGAAUCAUGAAAGGUUCAGAGGCUAGAGGUUUGGGCUGUGGUGUAUGAGAAACAACUAAAUUACUAUGACAAUGAUGAGCACUAUGCAUGAUUGAGAGUUUUGCUUUCAAGAAAAAUCAGCUUGGGUUCUUGGAACAAUUGGAUUUUGAAUACUGUAUCCGACCACCAUCCCUAUGUGGAGUUGGAUUCUGAAGUAACAAGAUGGAAGAUUAUUUCUACAAGUUUGUCAACAUUUCUGGUUUUUUGAGAUCUGUGAUGGGGUGCUAUUGCUAUUUUUUCCAUUGAACAUUUUCUAUGAGAAUGGAAAUUUGCUUCAAAUGAGCUUUGUGUACAAGAGAGUUAGAUGGGAUUGAUAUGUUCGUCAAAGUUUUUUUGUUUUUGUAUCAAUACAAAAAUACAGUGUAAUACACCAAAUAUUUGUAUCUAUUAUGUUGUCUGUAAUUGAAUGGACACAAAACUAACUGUGCCACAUCCGGAAUUUCUUC